GCCGGAGGAAAUCAUUGUUGGGUUGGUUGCCAACCUACGUUUUCCCUCCCACCACCCCUUUGCAUGAAUUUCCGAGUUGGUACAGUCCCACAUCAGCAGUGCCACGUCAGCCACAGUGCCACGUCAUCAGUGCCACGUCAGCAGUGUCACGUCAGCAGUGCCACGUCAGCAGUGUCACGUCAGCAGUGCCACGUCAUCCACAGUGCCACGUCAGCAGUGGCACGUCAGCAGUGCCACGUCACAGUGCCUCGUCAGCAGUGCCCCGCCACCAUGACGGGCGCAGCCUUGGGCAUGCCAGGCCAACUGGCCAGCGAGUCUAUUGCUGACUCCAAACAGCGGUUCCAGACUCGGCUCGCAAUGAUCGAGGCUGAGGAACAGCGCCAGGUGGCAGCCGAGGCGGCCCGCCUACAGGCUGAAGCAGCGGCAACAGCUGAGAAGCAGUGGCUACAGGCCGAAACAGACGCAGGUACCCAGGCACGCCGCAAGGAAGCCCAUGAUCUGCUGCAGCGGCAUGAAGCCGCCAGCAUCGAAAGACUCAAGUUCUGGCACUUUCAACUGUCCAACGGCGACGACGCGACACUGGAGGAGCAGCACAAGGAGUUCCUCUCCAAGCUCAGACAGAACCAGGAACUGCAGCAACAGUACGAGGAUCUGCAGAAACAACACCAGGAGUUGGCGAGCCUCCGCCGGACAGUGCAGAGCCAUGAGGAUGCUACACGGGCACUCAAUUCCAGUGUACUGGACCUGGAGCAAGCUGUACCAGGACCAGAUGCUGGUGUAUCAAGCAGUGCACCUUCUAACCGCCAACUGGAGGAACGCGUCGACCACGUCGUCGCAAUGCUCGGCGACAUCAGCACCUUCGCUGAGCCGAUCACCAUCAACAAUCAACUGGAUACCUUGAAGACCGAGGUCCAGCAACUGCAGCUGCCUAACAAGAAUGGCAACAUCACACAACAUUACAAGAUGUCAACUUUUCAAAUUGAGAAGUUCGAUGACUACACGCAUCAGGACCCCGUCCUUUGGUGGGAAGGUUUCACGACGCAACUUCGGAUUUUGUUCGUCGCCAAGCACGCGUACAUCGGCGCCCUGGUUCUCAACUCAAAGGGCGGAUGCCAGACCUGGUUGAGCCACCUGGCAUCCACCCACGGCGUCGACGUCGCAGAUCUGAAAGACAAGAUCUCAUUGGAAGAGUUAACACGACUAUGGAAGAAGCGGUCAUAUGCUGCAUUGAGCCUCGCACUUGGUGAUCGCGAGCAAUAUGCAACCUUCGCUGAAAUCAUUGACAAGGCGAGGGAGAUCAUCAAGACCAACAGGGCGGCUGCACACGAGAAGUCGGCGUGGCAGCCAACCUAUGUGGAGAAGGUGAAUUCUCACCAUCUCGGUAGUCAGACCGUUUUUUCGGAGCCCAUCAAGUUCAACUUGACCGAGGCCGAGUACAAGUACCGCGACCGUUACGGCUGCUGUUACUGGUGCAAUAGCACCAAGCACAAGACCUCCCUUUGCCAGGAUCAGGCCAAGGAGGAUGUGCGGCCUCGUAUUAACUCGGGAAACGGAGUCGCGCAGGAGGAUUACUUGCACAGUGCAGUACCAACUCCGUUGAUGGACGCCGGAGUAGAGGUUGUCGACCUUCACGCCUACAUUGCGAAGAUCGACCGCGAGUUCAAGACGCAACGGUACGACGACAUCGACGCACCAUUGCUAUAUGUACGCAUUCAAAUCGGAGAGGCGACCUGCAACGCUUUGAUCGAUUGCGGAGCAUCUCGCAACUACAUGAGUCAGGACUUCAUGGUACGCGCCGGCCUUGGCCCACGAGUCCGAAGGAAGUCCAUGCCCACGCAAGUCACGUUGGCGGACGGUCACACGCACAAGUCAAUCGACCAGUGCAUUUAUGACGUCCCAGUGUACUUUGCCCCUCACGCAAGUGAGGCGGUGUCCUUUGACAUUCUGGACACGAAAUUCGACAUGGUCUUGGGCAUGUCAUGGCUGCGAAGCGAGGAUCACCCGGUGAAGUUCUACCGCCGCACCAUUCACGUUCGUGUUUGGAAUGGAGUACUAGUCCCAUGCACGGUAGCUCCUCCUCACCCUUUAGUCAGUUGUCACGUGGUAUCCGCCGCAAGCAUGCGAGUUUCCAUUAUCAGAGACGACAUCGAGGAGAUGGGGGGGUGUUUUCUUCACGCCCUCCCGCCCCAUGACGCUUCACCAAUGGACUCAUCUUCGGAUCCACGCAUCACCGAGCUUCUCGAUGCCUACGACGUGUUCGAAGGCCCGCACGAAGUAGUACCGGAUCGGCCCAUCCACCACAAGAUCAUCCUCGAGGACGGGGCCGUACCUCCGCGCGGUUGCAUCUACCGAAUGAGCGAGGAAGAGUUAAGUGUGCUACGGGCACAACUCGACCACCUUCUAGAGAAAGGCUGGAUACGGCCUAGCUCAUCACCAUAUGGUGCUCCUGUUCUCUUCGUCCGGAAGAAGAACAAGGACCUGCGGUUGUGCAUCGAUUAUCGCAAGCUCAACGCGCAGACGAUCAGAAACGCUGGCCCUCUCCCACGCAUCGACGACCUUCUCGAACGACUGGGCGGCGCCAAGUUCUUGUCCAAGCUGGACCUCAAGUCGGGAUAUCACCAACUCGAGAUUCGAAAGGAGGAUCGCUACAAGACCGCAUUUAAGACACGAUAUGGGCAUUUCGAAUGGCUGGUUAUGUCAUUUGGCCUUACGAAUGCCCCGACCACUUUCCAAGCGGCUAUGACAACGGACCGGAGUUUGGAUGAGCAUGUGGAACACCUGCGCACUGUUUUGGAGCGGCUACGACAAGCCAAGUACAAAGCCAACUGCGACAAAUGCGAAUUCGCGCGGCAGGAGCUGGAGUACUUGGGACAUUAUGUGACGCCGCAAGGCAUCCGUCCGCUUGCGGACAAGAUCGAGGCCCUCCUGUCUCCCAUCAACUCGCUUGAUGAUGCAAGGAAGAAGGAGCUGCUCGCAUUCGUCAUGUCUCUCAAGCGAUGGCAACACUUCCUCCUUGGGCGUCGUAGGUUCACAUGGGUUACGGACAACAACCCACUGACUUAUUACAAGACGCAGGAUACGGUGAGCAGCACGAUCGGACGAUGGAUGUACUUCAUCGACCAAUUUGACUUCACACCGAAACAUCUUCCCGGCCUCUCCAAUCGUGCAGCAGAUGCACUCUCGCGAAGACCUGAUCUUUGCGCUAUGACACAUCAUGCCUUCGCAUUCGACGAGGAGCUUCAGCGACACUUCAUCAGGGGCUAUGAGUCCGAUCCAGACUUCACCACGCUAUAUGCGCAACUAUCUUCGGAUCACCCACCGGCCAGCCACUAUCGCAUCGUCGAUGGGUACUUGCUCCUCCACUCGCGGGGCAAGGACUUACUAUGUGUCCCACGCGGCCGCCGUCUUUGGACUCGCCUCCUCGGCGAGUAUCAUGAUUUGCGACUCGCCGGCCAUUUUGGAGUCAACCGCACUAUUGCACGGCUUCGACAGCGAUUCCGAUGGCCCGACCUCAUCACCGACGUCACGAGGUAUUGCGACUCUUGCGAAGUUUGCCGACGAAGCAAACCUCGCAACCGCAAUCCCUACGGCGAGCUGCGCCAGAUGUCGAUCCCGCAGGAACCCGGUCUCUCCAUUGCCAUGGAUGUCACCGGACCAUUCCCCCGCGACCGCCUCGGACACGACGGCAUCCUCACAGUCGUGGACCGAUUGAAUAGGUGCAAUGUCUUCUCCAAGAUCGAUCUAAAGUCUGGUUACCAUCAGAUUGAGGUCAAUCCUGCGGACCAGUUCAAGAUUGCAUUCAAGACUCACGAUGGGCUAUACUAACUCACCGUUAUGCCCUUCGGUCUCAUGAAUACACCGGCCACCUUUCAAAGUCUCAUCGACAAAAUACCCCGCAAAUAGAUCGGUAAAUUGUGGUUGUCUAUCUUGAUGACAUUGUCAACAAAUCGAUGGAGGAACACCUGAGAUAUCUUGAGAAGGUGUUCAACAUUCUCAAGAAAAUGCAGCUUCAUCUCAACUUGGACAAAUUUGAGUUUGGGAGGGUCAGCGUCAUCUAUUUUGGACACUGAUUAUCUGUUGCAUGAAGUGGACACUUUGGUUUUGCAGAGACAUACGAAACCCUGCUACAACAAUUUAGUUGGCCUAGUAUGAAAGGAUAUGCUCACAAGUUUGUGGCUGAGUGUCAAGUGUGUCAACGGAUCAAACCAUCGGCCAAAACCCAUGGGGCUGCUAAAACCUCUACCCAUUCCUGAUGGUCCUGGAGAGUCCGUUUCUAUCUAGAUGGCGGGUUUGGAUGUCCACGGUAUGAACACUGACAGUUCAAGCUUUGGUGAUAAAGCUGCCACUACAGC